GUCGCAAUAAACGGAUAUCGUUUGUUCUUUUUUUUCACGAUUUUAAGUGUUUGGCUUCGUUGGCUUCUUUGGAUUACCCUUUCUCUCUGUAAGAUCGAUGUGCAAGUUUUUUUUUGGGGGGCCGAAAGUGUGACUAAAUUACGUGGCUCAGUUUAUCGACGGUGUGUACCGAUGUUAUAAAUUCAGUUCUGGAAUUUAACUCCACACGGAUUAUAAUCAUGUACGUACAUACAUGAUAUAAAAUACAGAGGAGAAAAAAAUAAGUGACGCAGGUUUUUCAAGCGUUCAAUCGAUCAUGAAGAAGAGCAAGGAGGACUCGAAGGGAUGAUGAAGUAGAGGCGAGCUAUAUCGUGUUACCGUAAAUUGUUUUAAAACGCGACGAAUCUCUUCUAUGCGUUGAACAGUUACAGUUUGUGCCGAAGUUCAGACGCGGAAAAGAUAUUGUAAAUGAAGACAGAUUACAGUGAAAAAAGCCGAUGAAGCUUUAGUUUCGGUGAAUCAUCUCAUUUGUGUGGAAUAUCGUAGACAAAUGAGAAACGGAGGUAGCGGGAUAAUUAGUGCUAGUGUAUCAGUAGUAGUUGAAAAUCCCGCGCUUGGAAGAGCCUCCCAAAUCUACCGACAUCUUAGCGAUAUCCUGUACAACCACGGUCCCAAUGUGCAGCAGGAAUUGCAGGACACGUUCAUGCUUGGUAGUUCGUCAAACGAGCUCUACUCCAAAAAGGAGGAAUAACACCUCGAAGAAUAAGGAGAGAAAAAACACUCGCAGAGCAAAUAAUCUUGCCCGGCUUCGCGACACCGAUCCUUAAUGUAUUUCAAAUCGCGAGUCAGGUAGUCUAAGCUGACGAUCUAGCUGCUGCAGCGGAAUAAGGAGCCGGAAGAACUACUCCGAGUUACCACUUCCGCUUAAGGGAAACAACAAAAGGAUAUAGUAAGAUCGGGUAAACAAAGUGGAAUCUAAUCGAAGUCGGAUGUUGCAUCAUUCAUUAGUGUGCAGCCUUCAACGGGAUAAAGAGUAACAAAUAUAUAUUCGACAUUAUGAUAUAGAUCUCGACGGAAUAUUGCGUUGUGAAAAAAGUGUGCUUUGAAUAAAAAUCGUGCUAUCAUACGGUGGGAAUCACUAUCAUAUCUAUGUGUAUAGCAAUCGCCUGCAUUACAGCGUGUGUGAAGAAGACAGUGGAUAGUGAUAAAAUAUACGUAUAAAGUAGUUGAAGUGUAAUGAUAUGACUAACGCGCGAUAAGGAGAGAAUUCUAUGAGAAUAAAUAUCAUUCACCGCUAACCGUGGGAAUUUAAAAACCGCGUAUAUAUGAUUCAAUACUGUGAUAAGUGGUGUUUGUUACGAUGGUUUCUACAUCAUUUGUGACCCUAGUUUUUCUAGUCUGUUUUCAAACAGUCCUGUUGUCGACGGUCAGCAAUUGUGCGAAAACCAUCAGCAUGUAUUGGAACACGACGAACUCGAUAUUCCGCAUAGACAACACGGAUCACAUAAUUGACGUUAACAAGAACAACGCGGCGUACGAGUUCGAUCAGGUCAACAUAAUAUGUCCUGCUUAUCCACCCGGAACGUAUGACGAUGAUGCUGAGAAGUACAUCAUCUACAACGUAUCAAAAGAGGAGUACGAGACGUGUCGGAUAACGAAUCCGAAUCCGCGGAUAAUCGCAAUUUGCAACAAGCCCAACAGAACAAUGUACUUCACGAUAACGUUCAGGCCCUUCACGCCGCAGCCUGGAGGGCUCGAGUUCCACGCCGGCAAAGACUACUUCUUCAUCAGCACAUCGUCCAAGGAUGAUUUGCACAGACGCAUCGGAGGACGGUGCACGACCAACAACAUGAAGGUCGUAUUCAAGGUCUGCUGCGGAAACGAGGCCGACCAAUCGUCCUCCUCAUCGGCGCGCAACAACUCCGUCGCAGUGACGAGCAGCACCGUUUCGACCAGCAGCUCAUCCAGCACGGCCGGAGGUACCGGACUCGUUCCACCACCACCCAGCGUCCUGAAGGGCGGCGAACGGUUCUACCCUGGAACCAACGUCCACCACAAUCAUGACCACAAUCAGCCGCAGCCAACAAUCGUCCCUCCGACCCUCCAGGAAAACCUUCCCAACUCCCCUUACCCAGGGCAUCCCCACCCGCCCCAGCAGCCACAGCAGCCCACGCUUUACAACGGGCCACCGUCGUCCUCGCCGCCGAAGACAACGUCGACGCAGAAGAAGAAGAACAAGGAGUAUUCGAACCAUCCAAACGAGGUUGUGAAGAACGAGGAGCUUACGUACAACGGUGCUUCUCGACACUAUCCAGUAUCAUGUUCAAUUACCGGUAGCGUCGCGACGCUGGCGUCGCUGCUGCUGUCGUUAUACGCGCCGGUAAUAUUUAUACCGGCGAUACCGCUUCGGUGAAGAAGUGCAACAGGAGCAAGCGGAUCUGCGCGGAGAAGCUGCAUCGGGAAUUAGCGGUUUAUAUAGGAAAGCAAAAUGUGCGCCGCCCCUCUAACCCAUACUGUGAUUGUUUCGAGAAUUAUUUAAUUUAUGUACAUAUAUAUAUUAUAUGUAUGUAUGUGUAUAAUGCGUAUGUAUACAUAUAUGUGCGAUCCGUUGCCGCGGGGAGACGCGCGGCGUGUAUAAACAAAAGAAGAAAAACAAAAGACAAGCUAUUCGAUCGUUUGAACCAAAUGUGAAACAAAAGAAGUCGAAGGAAAGCAGCGCAAAGGGGAAAG